CCCUGCACUGGACUGUCAGCUGCCGUGUCUAUCCAUGUGCUCCCACCCACACACCCCCCAUUACCGGGUACCAGUCAGAGGCGAAUGACUGAUGACUAAUCCAACUUAAUACAUACAACAUGAUAUUGCUGCAAGUCACACUGAUCAGCAGGAACAAGAAAGUACAGUGUAGUUCUUAGCUUUUUCCUGUUAACGGGUCUAUUAGCCAGAUUAAUUUCUGGCCCCUGAACAAUGUCGCGAAUUUAUUUUUAACCCUGCGAGACUAUAAAUAGCUAUCGGGAAAGUUUGAGUGACUAGGCUUCAAAAUGUCCGUCGGGUUAGUGAAUGGCUUGUGUCUACAGGACUGUGCCAAGGAAAACUAUACCUUCAAGAUAAAAUGAAACAUGGCAGACACAACCAAACUCUGGCAACAGGAGGAGAGUGCAGCUGCUAACGAUACGAUACACACAGAACCUACAUCAGGGAGACAGCCUGGUAUCGGUGAAGUAUACAAAGGUCUACAGAAAACCGCGACUGUUCACUAGAUAAAAGCGGACUUGAGCCUAACGGGAGACCUCACACCUGUUCGUCAGGUACCUGCCUGGCAUGACGUCACUAGUUGGCAGCCGCGUGCUCCGAGGUCCUAAUUGGGAGGGCAGGGAGGCUGAUGGAGGGGAGGGCUACCUUGGAACUGUUGUCAGACUUCUUGGCGAGGGCGAGGUAGUCGUGCUGUGGGACACUGGACACGAAACCACGUGCAAAGCAGGACGAGAUGGGGAGUUUGCUUUGAGGGUUUUUGACUCGGCGCCAGCAGGUGUUUGUCACCAUCACGUGGUGUGUUCUACCUGUGGAGCAAGCAGGGUGUGGGGUGCUCUCUGGCGCUGCAAAUCUUGCAACGGAUGUGACCUUUGCACCGACUGCUACUCAGAUGACAAACACAACAUCGGACACGAAUUCAUACGAAUCGACUACCCUGGGGAUAGUGGUCACUCUCUGCCAAGAAGGAAGAUGAGCGUCAGGGCGCGAGUCAUUGGAAUUUUUCCUGGGGCAAAGGUCAAGCGGGGUCGUGACUGGUGCCUGGGAGAAGAAGAUGGAGGCCCAGGUUGUGAAGGGGAAGUCGAGGGCUUCGAAACGUCAGCCGAUGACUACCAAAGAAACAGAGUGCGCGUGAGGUGGCCGAGCGGGACCGUCACCAGCUGUCGUCUGGGUGUCAAAGGUCACGUAGAUGUUACGUGCGUGGAGGAGGAAGUGGGGCCUUUCUAUUACAGAGACCACUUGAGGUUACUAGACGUGACCAGACUUCCAGACUCCAACACACAGUUCAAUGUGGACUCAACAAGUUCACAGGAAGCAGGUCCUCCACCCUCUGAUACACAGCCAAUAGAAGACUUAGCCAGCUCCCAGCAAGUAGCAUCUGCAGCCUCUGACACACAGUUCACCGAAGGUCUGUCAGACUCGGAGAAAACAAAGCCAGAGACCAACAAUGAAGUACUGGUUGGGAUGACAGACUCCGGAGGUAGCGACAGUGGUUCCGAGAAAAGACCGACAGAUAAGGAAUCAAAUAAGCAGCGACAAAAAGACCAUGAGGUGACGGAACGAAAAGAGGAGAAACAAGAAAAGAAAGAGGAAGCACCAAAAGAGGAGAAGUCGAUGCAGCAAGUGGGGAAUGAGGCUCGAGAGUUUGUCGAUCUGUCCUUUGCGUCAGGUGAUCAGGUCGCCAUCCAGGUCAGAGAAACAGAGUUAAAACAACUUCAAAGAGGCUUCGGUGGAUGCACAAGAGGAAUGAUAAAGUGUAUAGGCCAAACAGGGGUGAUACAGGAGUUUGCGGUGGAGGGAUCCAUCCCUGUCGUGUCAUUUGGCUCCGACACCAACAUCGCCUACCGCUUCAAUCCCACAACGCUUCUGAAGGUUUCUGAGUUUCAUGUCGGAGAUACAGUGAGAAUAAAACCUGAUGUUGAGCUGCUCAAACUCUUGAACUCCAAAGUGGGCUGGAGACCACAAAUGAACGCGGCAGUUGGCAAGGUUGGCAAGGUCCAACAGAUAGACAAAGACAAAAACCUUUACGUCACUUUUGGCAGCAGUCUCUUCUUGUUCGCACCCGCAGCGUGCGUCCAUGCACCAUGCGCACCACUAGAAGUGAUCUCAGUAGGAAGUGAAAGCCAACAUGUCGACGAUGGUUCUGUCUCAGAAUCCAGACGUCUGUUCAUGAAGCUCCGCGAGUCGCUGUUGAGUGAGAGAACGGUCGCCAUGGCAAUGGAGACACUGGGGCGAUGGCGGGACUGCUGGGCGCGAUCCUCCAUGACGAUGACGUCACUGUGAGACACAUGUGUCAGCGAGACCCUAGUAUGGUAAACCGAGAAUACAAAGGCUACACUCCACUUAUUUUCGCAGCCUUACGCGACAAGUUGCGGUGUGCGAUGACCCUGAUUGAACUCGGAGCUGAUGUCAAUUGUGGUCUGAGCGACGACGACAACAAAACGCCAUUGAAAG